AUGCCUCGUUCACCAAUUACCUGGGGAGCGGGACUCUCAAUUGUGCUCGGCUCUCUCCCAUCCUUGGUCUUACCUCCUGCACUCGCUGUGUCAGUUCCUUUACUUCUCGAACAAGCACUGCCCCGUGAUUCGGCCUCCGAGUUUCUAAGGUUGUUCCUGGAUCUUCCGACUGCGAUCAUGACCGUCGAGCCCGAGGUCGUAAAGGCGAUCCUGAGUACAGACUUUAAUAGCUAUGAAAAAGGGUCCGAUAUACAGGGAAUAAUGUUUAGCCUUCUAGGAAAUGGGAUAUUUAAUAGCGAUGGCGAAACUUGGAAAUUCCACCGAAGCAUGAGUCGACCAUACUUUACGCGAGACCGCAUCUCCCACUUUGAUAACUUUGCCCGACACGCCGACAUCGCCAUCUCCAAGCUCCUCUCACGAGUAUCCGAGCCGAGCCGCCCCGCAGUUGACUUUCAGGACCUAGUUGCUCGUUUUACCCUCGAUUCCGGAACUGAAUUCCUGUUUGGUCGAGAUACUCGUUCGUUGGAUGCGCCAUUGCCAUAUCCGCACGGAAAGCCUGCUGAUGACAGUGCUUCGUUUGCCGCUGCGUUUUCUCGAGCCCAGGGUCAAGUUAUGCAACGGUUCGGGCUGGCAAUGUUUUGGCCUUGGAUGGAGCUAUUUUGGGACCGAACUGCGGAGGAUAUGAAGAUCAUCAACGCAUAUGUGACACCGAUACUGAGAAAAAAGCUAGAGCGGGGUUCUGAUAUCGAGUCUAAACCGACAAAUGAAGGAGAUCAGGAUGCAGACACUCUUCUUGACCAUUUGGUCAAGUUUACUCAAGACGAAUCUGUCAUCAAGGACGAGAUUAUCAACAUUUUGGUCGCUGCUCGUGAUACGACCGCCACGACUUUAACCUUUGCCGUGUACAUACUAGCUGAGAACCCGGCGAUUAUGAGCAGACUCCGGGACGAAAUUACCGGGCGUCUUGGAACUUCGAAUCACCCGACUCCUGAUGACUUGAAGGAAAUGAAAUACUUGCGAGCUGUGAUCAAUGAGACACUCAGAUUGUUCCCGGCUGUCCCCGUUAACGUACGUGCGGCAGCCAAGUCGACAGUACUCCAUAUAAAUGGGAAGCGGUACUAUAUUCCCGCAGGAACGAGGAUGACUUGGUCUACUUUGAUGAUGCAUCGUCGGAAGGAUCCCGACGCGGACAACUUUGACCCCGACCGAUGGCUCGACGAUAGGUUAAAGAAAUACGUCACGCCGAACCCAUUCAUCUUUUUACCUUUUAAUGCCGGACCGCGAAUCUGCCUGGGCCAACAAUUCGCAUACAACGAAGCGUCAUUCUUCCUCUGCCGCCUCCUCCAACGAGUCGAAACCAUCGAGCUCGUGCCCGAAGCUCACCCAGUAGGAACUCUCCCUCGGCCCGGAUGGAAGAACGGGACUGGCCGAAGGGUUUACGAAAAGGUUUGGCCCAAGAACCAUCUGACGUUGUAUUGUAAUGGAGGGCUUUGGUUCCAAUCUACUCUUGCUGCUGGGUCCGACCGACAAAUGCUAUUCCCAGCCCGAGACCCAUUAACAUCUUAUCCACAUCCCGAGCCACCUGAAAAGUGGGAAAAUGAAUUAUUUAGACGUCUAGAGGUUUUUGAGUUUGGACGGUUCCUGAAAGGUAAAGAACCCAGUUUACUCAAAGCGACCAAGGAAAGUCAUCCAGUUCACAACAAGCUCUCCAAUCUAGCCGCGUCUUGA